AGAAGGAGUGGGAGCCAGCCACUCACCGCACGUGCCGGCCGCAAUGCCAAUACCGCUAAUCCCUGUCAGCCAAAAUUGCUGUUCCUGGCAGGCGGACGGAAGGUGACGUUGGUUUUGCAGUUGAUCCGCUACCGGGCGCGAAAUCUGCACUGCACAUGUUGCCCAACAUUCCGCAACACUCGCCAUGCGACCAGAGGACCAGCCCGAGGCACCCAGCGGGCCAUGGCGCGCCGCGUCCACCGUCGCAAUGGGCGCCGUAGGCCUUUUGUGCAAGGGAUUUCUCGCAGGGCUGAGCCGGGUGGAGACGCAUGGCAUGGACGACUUCUUGAAGCUGCUCGACGAGAGAGAGGCACCGGCAAAGAGGGAGAGGGGACUCAUCACUGUGUCGAACCACAUCUCCGUGAUGGAUGAUCCAAUUCUCUGGGGCAUACUCCCCAUCAGCUACAUGUUCAACCCAGACAACCUGCGGUGGGGACUUGGAAGCUACGAUUUAUGCUUCACCAACAAAGGGCUGUCGACUUUCUUCACGCUUGGCCAGGUGCUCCCCACGCAUCGCUCAGCACAUUCGCAGUAUGGCGGUCUAUUCCAGCCGACGAUAACGCAAGCGAUCCGCCUGCUCUCGCGCGGGCCCUUCCUAUACGAGCAAGAGCCGCCCGAGAAGCCUGCGACGUCGCCCAAGAGCCCAGAUCUCAUUGAUCCGUUCAGCAACGGGCACCUCAGUUUCUCGACCAAUGGCUUGGACACGUUCCCAGCACCGUCGGCGUACCGCAGGCGGCGCCAUGCGUGGGUUCAUAUAUUUCCCGAGGGCAUGAUCCACCAGAGCGAGCAGCGCAUCAUGCGCUACUUCAAGUGGGGCGUGUCGCGGCUGAUUUUGGAGAGCGAGCCGAUGCCGGACGUGGUGCCCAUCUUCGUCGAGGGCUUCGACAACAUCAUGCACGAGACGCGCACGUUUCCACGCUUCAUCCCACGGCCCUUCCAAAACGUGCGCGUGACGUUUGGCGAGAAGCUCAACACGGAAGAGGUGUUUGGCGACCUGCGGGCGCGGUGGAAACAGCUGCAGGCCAGGGAGGCGCGCAAGGGCGAGCGGCUGGCCGUCGGGGUGCUCAACGACACGCUCCAGCACUCGGACGAGGCUGUCAGCAUACGCAAGGAGUGCACACGGCGCAUGCGACAGGCAGUGCUGGACGUCAGGCGGCAGCGGGGAUACCCCGAAGACGACCCCAAGAACAGCCUUGCCGAGACGUGGCUGCGAGAGGGGCCUCGGCGCGAGGGUCGCAAGCAGGACAGCACCAUCACGAGGGAUGCGUAGGCGGGCGAGUGACGUAUGUUGGAUGCUGUGUAUUGUAUGGCCAGCUUGGACGCGCCGUCGAGCAGCGUGGAAAGUAUGUACGUAGUAGGUUUGCGCGGCAAGCGUGUCAGAUUAGAUCAAGUAAUUACACCAUCAGCGACUCCUGAUUGUGCGCGCCGAUCAACCACAGCCGCCGCCCCAG